UCGUUCCACGUCUCUUAUUGUGUAGUGGUGCAUAGAGCCGUCUUCGACUUGAAGGUAUAAAUGUGGGCUCACCACUUGUUGCAGUCGGCAGUGUGGUUUAGAUUAUUGCAUCUCUCGGGCUCGCUGAGGGGAUCUUUACUCGAACGAACCAAACGAUUCGAGCUCCAUACCAACGCCGUUGCCUGCUACUUCGUGUGUUUCUCAGCUGCAGUCUUUUCUCAUCUAGCUCCAAAUAUUUUGAUUCUCUUUUGACGAUAUGGCCCGUGAAAUUUUGGUGCUUGGCUGUUUGGCUGCUUUUUGUGCCUUUUCUGUGGCAGUUGUUCCUCCUUACAUACACAUAUGCGGUCGACGCAAUCCCAAUCUCGAUAAAUGCGUACUCGAGAGCGUGGCCCAAAUGAUGCCAAAGCUUCAGGAGGGUAUCCCGGAACUCGAUGUGCCAUCGCUGGAGCCGCUCGACGUCGAAGAGAUCGCCCUGGCUAAUCUCGAUGACUUCCGGGCUGUGGCCACCAAUGUCAAACUCAGGGGUCUGUCGACCUUCGAAAUUCGCUAUCUGAAAGUCGACUUGAAAAAGCAGAGGAUUGACAUCGAGCUGGUCUUCCCGAAAGUUUACAUGAACUCGGAUUACGAUGUGAAGGCCAAGAUUCUCGUUCCUAUUCACGAAAAAGGACCCAUUGACACCGUGACCGACAAUGUGCACGCCAAAGCUCAAUUGAAAUUCCAAACGGUCGAGCGCCGUGGCCGUAAACUUCUUUACUUCCCCACGAUGACGACGAAAGUCGUAAUCAAGGAUUACACGGCCAACUUCCAGCCGGGCAUUACGAAUCCGAUCUCGCUGGCCAUCAAUGCCGUCCUCGAGAACAGUCGACCAGAGAUAAUCGAGAGCAUGACGCCGAGCCUAGAGAAAGCAAUCUCGGAGAAGGUCCUCGACGUGGCCAACCGCAUUUGCAAACACUUCACUUUCGACGAGCUUUUCCCCGAUCGCGAAUAAGUCAGCGCGCUCGUAACAAUCAGCAUUUAUGAGUUUUUCUUUCUUCGUUUUACGGUUACAUUGAAUUAUUUUUGUAUAGAUUUUAAUAGCGGUUUAGUCAAUUGUACAAACGAAACUACUUUGUGAAUGAAAAAUGUAAAAUUUUAUGUUUGUGGGUACACGUGUGUGAACGAAUCGAGUAAAAAAAUUUAUUUUGCUUUCGCGUGAUGUUGUGUGUGGCGAUCGAGCUCGUGAGUGUUUGUAUAUGUAAAUGUUUCAGAAUAAACGUGUGGUCAGAGUUUGUGUAAUCUCUGACUUGACAAACCACA